CCCGACCGCUCGGUUGCGGCGCGGCUCCUGAGGGAGUCGCUGACGGACACGCUGACUCUCGCCACAGGGGACGCGCGGAGUGGACCUGAGGCAGAACAAGAGGAGUGAAAGCAGCAAGUACCACGCUAAGCAACAAUGUCAACUGAAGUGGAGACCUCAGAGGGAGUAGAAGAGUCAGAGAAAAAGAACUCUCAGGCCUCAGAAAAGGAAAACCACACCAGAAUGGCUGACCUCUCUGAGCUCCUGAAGGAAGGGACCAAGGAAGCACAUGAUAAGGCAGAAAACACCCAGUUUGUCAAGGACUUCUUGAAAGGCAACAUUAAGAAGGAGCUAUUUAAGCUGGCCACCACUGCACUUUACUUCACAUAUUCAGCCCUUGAGGAGGAAAUGGACCGAAACAAAGACCACCCAGCCUUUGCUCCCUUGUACUUCCCCACGGAGCUACACCGGAAAGAGGCACUGACCAGGGACCUGGAGUAUUUCUUUGGUGAAAACUGGGAGGAGCAGGUGCAGUGCUCUGAGGCUGCCCAAAAGUAUGUGGAUCGGAUCCACUACAUAGGGCAGAAUGAGCCAGAGCUGCUGGUGGCCCAUGCAUACACCCGCUACAUGGGGGACCUCUCGGGGGGCCAGGUGCUGAAGAAGGUGGCUCAGCGAGCACUGAAACUCCCCAGCACAGGGGAGGGGACCCAGUUCUACCUGUUUGAAAAUGUGGACAAUGCCCAGCAGUUCAAGCAGUUCUACCGCGCCAGGAUGAAUGCCCUGGACCUGAACCUGAAGACCAAAGAGAGAAUUGUGGAGGAAGCCAACAAGGCCUUCCAGUACAACAUACAGAUAUUCAAUGAACUGGACCAGGCUGGCUCCACACUUACCAGAAAGACACUGGAGGAUGGGCUUCCUGUGCAUGAUGGGAAAGGAGAUGUGCGGAAAUGCCCCUACUAUAUUGCCCAGCAAGAUAAAGGUGCCCUGGAGGGUAGCAGCUGUCCUUUCCGAACAGCCAUGGCUAUACUGAGGAAGCCCAGCCUCCAGUUCAUUCUGGCCAUUGGUGUGGCCCUGGCUGCUGGAUUCUCAGCCUGGUACUACAUGUGAAGGAUCCAUCACGCUGUGCCGGCAUCCUCCUCCCAAGUGACCACUGGCCCACUACCAUCUCUACCCCUGACUAAAUUACCACCUCAGGUUGACUUUUUUAAAAUGCUAAGUUUGGGAAAACAGGCAACCAAUAAAAGCCAGGCCCUAGAGCUUCUACCUGACUGCGUCUUCUGUGUGAGCCAGAUGCUGUACUGGGUACAGGCUGGGAGCAGCUAGUGCAACAUGGCAGGGCAGGCCUGGGCCUCUGGACCAACUCUGCCUUGGGUGCUGUCUAAGCCCCAUCCUUGUUCCCUCACUUCCUCCCUGUUUCUCAGAACUCGGGUAGCCAUCUUCCCCUUUGGGUGAGUGACCAGUAAAGCCCAGGCUGUGGCUGUGGCUGGUGGCCCUUGCCAGAUGCUGCUGCUCAACUUCUUGGCUUUUCUAGGGGGUAGGGUGGGCAGAAAUCAGGUGCUCCUCCUGCUUUAGAGCCCUGGGAGCUCACCCAGAAGCCCCAGAGGUCUGCUCACCUAUAGCUUGUCUCCUCCUCUGACUUGUGUAAAUGCUACCACACUCAAUAAAGUCUACUUCGCAAACUG